AUGUCACAAUUAUUUGUUCAAGAGGAUUCGGAAGAUGAAGAGUUACAAUUAGAACUUUCAAGGCAAGUGGAGGCGGAUGAAGAGAGGAUAAAAGAUUUACAACAAAAGAAUACUUCUUCUAAUGAUGAAAUUCAACGAAAACAAGAAGAGGAAGAAGAAGCUCCGUUAUACCCUUUAAUACCAAACAUUCCUGAGGACGGUCAAGAUUUUAAACCAAAUCUGGAUGACAUUAGAGCGGUCAGUAUUCAACUAAACUUACCGCUACUAUUCCAACAACAAGUGGUAGAAAGUGCUCUAAUUACCGAUGAUCCGCUUGUAAUUAUGGGUAAAGGGUUAGGAAUGGCCAGUAUUGUGGCAAAUUUGCUACAAAUUCUGGCGACACCGACAAAACUGAAUGAUCAGUUGAAGAGAUCUUUGGUAUUAGUACUUAAUGCAAGACCCCGUGAUAAUCAACGUAUACAGGAAGAGUUACAGGAACUUUCUUGGCUUUCUAUGGAAAAUGAAGGCGAUGACAAUGGGGAUGCUACAAAUGAAGAAUAUAUAAUCGACGAAGAGUCACCCUACAAUAGACCGUUUAGUGUAAUCUCUGCGGACUCUCUAAGUGUUGAAAACAGGAGAAAAUUGUAUCUAUCAGGUGGGAUAAUAUGUGUUACAUCAAGAAUCUUGAUUGUUGAUUUAUUAUCGGGAAUUCUACACCCUAGUCGAGUUACUGGUAUGGUUGUAUUAAAUGUAGAGGACCUAAGAAAUCAUUCGAAUGUAUCAUUUAUUUUAGAGAUAUAUCGAUCCAAAAAUAAAUGGGGGUUUAUCAAAGCAUUUUCUGAAUCUCCAGAAUCAUUCACUUUGGAAUUUUCACCCUUAUUAAGCAAGAUGAGAGAUCUUCGAUUAAGAAAUGUCUUACUUUGGCCUCGUUUUCGAGUAGAGGUUUCAGCAUGUUUAAACAAAUUACCGAAUACUGUAUCUAAUUCUGUCAUCGAAGUGAAAGUAUCAUUGACUAAUUCGAUGUCACAAAUUCAAUUUGGACUAAUGGAAUGUUUGAAAAAGUGUAUUGCAGAAUUGAACAGAAAGAACCCUGAGUUAUUUCUUGAGUGGUGGAAUAUUGAUAACGCCUUGGAUAUAAACUUUCUUAAAUCUAUUGAUUCUGUAAUGAUUCCUAAUUGGCAUCGAAUUUCAUACGAAUCCAAGCAACUGACGAAGGAUAUAAGAUAUCUAAAGAAUUUGCUAAAACUCUUAAUCAACGCGGAUGCUGUUGAUUUCUAUGAAGAAAUUCAACUAAGUUUAGAGGCUAAUAAACCAUCUAUUUCUAGAAAGUACAGUGAAUCGCCAUGGUUGAUGGCAAAUGAAUCUCAGUUAGUUAUAUCGUAUGCCAAGAAACGAAUAAUAAACGAUGGUGACUAUUUCCUAGAGGAAAUGCCUAAAUGGGAACAAUUAAUCAGCAUUUUGGAUGAUAUCGCACAUGAGAGAUUGACCAAAGAUUCACAAGGGACGACUUUAAUUGCAUGUUCCGAUUCAGCUACAUGUGCUCAGUUGACAAGAGUAUUAGCCUGUUCUGAUAGAAAGAACGGACUUCGAAGAAUUAUGUUGAGAAAGUUGCAGCAUUAUAAAGCAUUAAGAGAUCAGAGAAGAAAAAUUAUAAAGGAGGUACGAUCUAAAGGACCUGCAGUAUCCAAUCCAAAUGAGUUAAAUGUGAGUGCAGCUUUUGCCAAGGAGGAAAUAAUAACUAAAAGAAGGAGAACUCGAGGAGCAGCCGCUGUCGCAGCAGUAGAACGAUUACGUACAGCAGGGACAGGCGAUGACAUUGAAAGUAAAAUUGAUUCCUAUGAUAUAAAAGAGGAACUAACCCAUAUCGGUGAUGAUGAUAGCUUGAAAUCUGAUUCUAUUCUGAAUAAAUUUGUUGAUGACGAUAUCGGCGUGCCUGAUAUAGAGGCUGACCUACCUGAGGAUGACGAUGAUGAUAGUGCUGCAGAGGAAUUAUAUCUUAAAACAGCACAUACUGGUGUAACAAAAGAACUUUGGGAAGCACGGGUAAAAAACUUUGAAUACAUUAGCCGUAAUGAACAAAUAAUUGUAGAAAAAUUCAGUAACCUUAAUGAUGAUUCAACUUUUGAAGAAAUAAUGCCUUCAUAUAUUAUUAUGUUUGAACCUGAUUUAUCUGUUAUUAGAAGAGUGGAAGUUUAUCGUGCUAUUCAUAGAGAAUUAGCACCAAAAGUUUACUUUAUGUAUUAUGGUGAAAGUGUAGAAGAACAAAGCCACCUGACUGCAAUUAAAAAAGAGAAAGACGCUUUUACUAAGCUAAUUAGAGAGCAUGCUAAUCUUGCCCAACAUUUUGAGACUACAGAGGAUUUAUCACAUUUUAAAAAUUUGGCUGAAAGAAAAUCAAAAUUGAAUAAACUGAAAAGAAGUGGGACACGGAAUGCUGGUGGUCAAGCGGGAUUGCAGGAGGUAACCCAAGAUAUCAUCGUGGUAGAUACACGUGAAUUCAAUGCACCAUUACCGGGAUUGCUAUUUAGAUACGGUGUUCGUGUGUUACCUUGCAUGUUGACAGUCGGUGAUUACAUUAUUACUCCUGACAUUUGUAUUGAAAGAAAAUCCAUUUCAGAUUUAAUUGGUUCAUUGCAAAACAAUCGAUUAGUUUCACAAUGUAAGAAAAUGUUACGUUACUAUAAAUAUCCAACGUUACUGAUAGAAUUUGAUGAAGGCCAAUCAUUCUCAUUGGAGCCAUUUAGUGAAAAAAGACAUUUUAAAAAUAAAGAAUCCUCCACUACCCAUCCAAUCUCCAAUAAGUUGACUCAAGAGGAAAUUCAAAACAAACUAUCAAAAUUGGUAAUGAAAUUCCCUACUCUAAAAAUCAUUUGGUCAUCCUCACCUCUGCAAACAGUUAAUAUCCUAUUGGAAUUGAAACUCGGGAGAGAACAACCAGAUCCGAGUGUGGCCAUUCAAUAUGGUACUGGAAGUAAAAAGACACAAACCUCCAAGAAGAAAAUUUCUAAUGAGACAAAUAAUAAUAAAUUUGCUAAAAUAUUAGAUAUUCCAGGAAUAUCCAAAAUUGAUUAUUUUAAUAUUCGUAAGCGAUUUAGAAACUUUGAAAAAUUACAAAAGUUACCGUUACAGGAGAUCAACAACGUCCUGGAUGAUGAAACGCUGUCCACUAAACUGUAUAGUUUCUUCCAAGCAGAGUUGAUGGAAAGAGAAAAGGAUGGCGCCACGGAUAGUGCUGAAGAGGUUGACCCAGUAGAUGCAGAUGGUCUUGAAGAUGAAGAUCUUGACCUUGACGAACUUUUAUAA